CGAGCUGUCAGUUCAAAAGAUGAAGCCCCACUUCAAAACAUUUAUAUCUUUUCUUUUAGUCAUUCUCAGUUUUGUCAGGAAUAUCUUAGCCAUAUCAGAAUCGUUCACCGAAGAACUGUUAAUCAAACCGUUACCUACUGGUCAUGUAUAUUCAUUUUUUCAAUUCACUACAAAGUGGGAUGUCGAUCCCGAGGAGACUAAACUACGGCACUACAAUCUAUUUCCGAGAUCCAUUGGUGAAAUCAUACAAAAGCACUCCUUGAGGGAGCUCCAUCUCAGUUUGACACAGAGCCUUUGGAGGACACAAAAAUGGGGAUAUCCAGUUAGACAUGCUGGUCCUGGUGCUGAAGUAUUUGCCACCUUCUAUCCUCAGCUGAGCAAUGAUGAAAUAGACACUGCUUGGAUUGGCCUAGUGAAUUCACUCUCUGGUCUUUUCUGCUCCUCGUUCAAUUUUGUAACUUUGACAAACACAAUACAGCCUCUUUGGACCUUUUCUCCUGAGGGUCUCAAUUUGGGUGGGACUAAUGCUUCUCAUCAGCGUUAUGCAAAUUUACCCAGAGAAAUUGUUUGUACUGAAAACCUAACACCAUGGAAAAAACUUCUACCGUGUGAAAGCCAUAGUGGAUUGGGUGAACUGCUAAAUGCCAAGAACCUGUAUGGCAGUAAUUACCAUUCACUGGCUUUAGAUCUGAGGCCCAUUUGCAGGGAUAAAAUAUGCCAAGAAACGUCCUUGGAAUUAAAAUUAUCGUUGUCUCUUAUCUCUGAACCAACUGUGUUGCAUGGCAAUACCUACCACGGGAUAAAUGCCGACUGGUCGUUCAAAAGUAUUUAUGGAGCUCAUCUAUUCUCGUCCUGCCCGAGAGCGCAAGUCUCAAAAGUUUACAUCGACAUCACUUCUAAUCUUACCAGCAGCAUACAUUGGAAACUGAGACCCGACCCGACUUCCAUUUUUAUCAAUCAACGUGGAGGUAGCACAACGCAUCUUGCAUCGUAUGACUUGAAUGCCGUGCCAUCGUUGCCCAUAAAUGUACAAGCUUCUUAUACCAAAAAAUUGACUUACGGAAAUGUCCCAUCACCGCUGAUCCAUGCAACACGUUUUGUAGGAGGUCAUGGACAGGCUAAAGGUAAACUAGUGACACGAAUUCACAACAACUAUUUCAGCAAUGAUAUAGAUAUAGUCUUUUUGGAGCUGGUUCCGUGGUAUUGCCGCGUAUUCCUUCAUACGUUGGCCUUUAGCAACUCGAAAAACAAACCAGUCGGAAUAGACAUACCACAAAAACUUUAUUUUCGGCCUGGGCUGGAUCGUCAAAGACCUCACCAUCUCGAAUUGCGUCUCACUUUACCCGCCGACUCUGUAACGGAGAUUGAAUGGGAAUUUCAGAAAGGUUUUCUGAAAUGGACCGAAUAUCCACCAGAUGCCCAUCGAGGGUUCGAUCUGGGUCCAGCCGUCAUUUCGGCAUUGUUGCCCGUUGCUCGUAACUGGACCGGAAUACCAAGACAUGUUUCAACGUUCGAUCAAAGCUGGAACGUCAGCCAAUCCGGCUAUUUCGUGCGUGUCCACACGGAAACCUUGGUGGUCGCCAUGGCUACACCCGAUUUCAGCAUGCCCUACAAUGUAAUCUGUUUAGCUUGUACGGUAGUGGCUUUGGCGUUUGGGCCCCUCUACAAUUUGACCACCAAGAGGUUGGUAGUGAAAGAAGCGACUGGUGCUGGAGGAGGUGGAGGAUUCAUCUCCAAACUAAAAUCUCUAUUGGGAAAGAAAACGACCAGUCCAGCAGAAGAAACUGAAAAUAAAGAAGAAGACAGUCGAAGCAAGAAAGAUAACUGAGUUAUCAUGGUGUACAGAACCCAAGUCAUCAAUUAACUAAAAAAAAAGCAGUCCAUUUUCUAAUACAAACGCCCUUUUUCAAAGGAGUUCGUUGUGCCAAAGCUUGAAAGCUUUAUUAGUCAAAGACAUGUCUCACUUUGGUAUUUCGAAUUAAUUUGAAACAUCGGUGACGAUCGAUUGAUGCUUAGCAAAUGGUUUUGCAAAAUACGAUGUUUAUUUUGUCCGAUGAAACUU